AUGUCCACCCCAAAUCUAGACGCCCUCAAACGCGAUGGCUUCGUAGUAGUCCGCAACCUCCUAACCCCCACCGAGGUAUCGCAAUACCGCGAAAUCGCUACAAAAGCAACAACUCUAACUCGCAACGGCAGCUGGCCACACUUUCGCACUGUCCCAAAACAAUUCCCACCCUGGCCGACAAUCGCACCGCCCGCCUCGGAGGGUGGCAUCUGGGGCGUGCAGCACCUCCUGCACCCCGAGAUGCCAGGACGGGACAGUUUCGCACGAUGCUACUUCUCUCCCACAAUCCUCUCCGUAGCGGAAGAGCUAAUGGGCAUUGCAAAUACCACCGGCGGCGAGACUGAGCCUCUCGUCAUGGAAUUAUUUAAUCUGCUCGUGGCGCCCGAAACCAAAGACUUCGAACUCCGCUGGCACCGAGACGAUAUCUCCGAGCACGCAACUGCCGAGGAAGAACUCGCUCAGCUUGCAGCGAAGGCGCCUGAAGGCCGUCAGUCACAUUGUCAGUAUAACUUAGCGCUGUGUCCUGAUGCGUCGUUGAUUGUUAUGCCGGGGACGCAUGCGCGCGCGCGAACGCAGGUCGAGCGUGAGGCUGAUCCUUAUGCGGCUGAGUUGCCAGAUCAGUUGGUUGUUCAGUUAGAGCCUGGAGAUGCUGUAUUUUAUAAUAGUAACAUCUUGCAUCGCGGGGUUUACCGGGGGAAGAGUGAGGGUGGGACUGAGACGCGGUUGACGUUGCAUGGAAGUCUGGGGUUGAAGGCUUGUGGAGGUGGGGGGGAUGAUGCUGAGGAACAGAAGAAGAGGGUUAGAUCUACUGCUGUGUUACAGCAUGGAGUUGGGGCUUGGGUUAAUCGUGAAGAUGCUGCUUUUGGGCUUGGGGAGAGGGCGGAAAGAAUGAGGGCUAAUCUUGUUGAGAUGGGGACUGGUGAGGGGGUUGGAUUUUCUUUACAAGGGUAG